AUGGUGCUCCAUCAAUUCUUUUCCAAAUCAGCGUCGCCCGACAAGGAGAAGAAAAAAGACAAGGACAAAGACAAGGACAAGGAGCGAAAGCCGAAAUCCAGAGACGACUCUUCGCCCAAACGAAAAGACACAAAAUCAAAAGGCCGCCCCCGGAGUAGCGACCUCGGCUUGGACCUGGACGGCAUCAGUAUUCCCGUUCCAGAUUCUCCUCCUCCGGCCUUCUCGCCUUCUUCUCUCUCCAGUUCUCCGCAAAAAUCUGCCUCAUCAUCGCCUCGCAAAUCCUCUCCUACGAAAACUACUCUUCCCUACCCGAAUCUACGACCUCCGCACAGCCGUUCCUCCUCCACGACAACAUCCAAGUCCGCAUUUUUCUCUUCGAACCGCAACUCGCGCAGCGAAGACUCGCAUCCGUUGAAUCUUCCACCAGACGAGCUCCGUCGACAUCUUUCCGCCAUGGCUGCUGCUAGGGACGACAGCAUGCGGAGCUCCAUGGAUAUUGACCAGGAUACCACAUCAUCCUCUCAGACAGAGCCCACUUCCAUGAGCACAAACGGAACGCAAAAUGGCGACACUGAUCGCAGUCCGACCCCGCCUCCUCAUCGUUCUCCUCCUCCCAACAGCGACGGUGGAGAGUCGCACAAAUUAGCCGGAAAUAAGUUUUAUAAGCAAGGAGACUACGAGCGAGCCAUACAAGAAUACAAUAAAGCUCUCGAAGUCAACCCAAACUCUUCCAUUUUCCUUUCCAACCGUGCUGCGGCGUUUCUCUCUGCCAACCGAUUUAUUGAAGCCUUGGAUGAUGCACAGCGUGCGCUGGAGCUUGACCCAGAAAAUUCCAAAAUCAUGCACCGGUUGGCCCGCAUCUUAACAAGCUUGGGCCGUCCGGCAGAGGCUCUCGAUGUGCUGUCGAAAGUUCAACCUCCCGCAUCCGCCAAAGACCGUGCCAAUGCCGAGACCAUGCUACGACACAUUACUCAAGCCGAGGAUUCCCUGAACCAUGGCAAGGGCGGAUCGCUGGUGGUUUUUGCCAUCGAGCAAGCCCGACAAAUGCUCGGCCCUGGCGUCAAGACCCCGCGCAAGUGGCAGCUUAUGGCUGGUGAGGCCCAAUUGAAGAUUGGGAAUGACAAUGGCUACGGUAAAGCACAGGAUGUGGCCAUAGCGCUGCUCCGGGAGAACAGCCAAGAUCCCGAUGCACUGUUGCUUCGUGCGAGAGCAUACUACGGUCAGGGCGACAAUGAGCAAGCAGUCAAAUAUACCAGGAUGAGUCUCCAACUCGACCCAGACAAUAAAAAGGCCUUCACUUUGCUGCGACUGGUGCAGAAACUGGUCCGCACCAAGGACGAAGGCAACGCGGCCUUCAAGGCCAAGGACUACAAACGUGCAGUAGAGCUGUACACUCAGGGUCUUGAGAUCGACCCAACCAACAAGGACACAAACUCCAAGUUACUUCAGAACCGUGCUCAGGCUCAACUAGCGUUGAAGGAUUAUGAGAAAGCAGUAGAAGACUGCACAGAAGCCCUCCGUCUUGACCCCAGCUAUAUCAAGGCUCAAAAGAUCCGUGCCAAAGCUCACGGCGCCGCAGGAAACUGGCAGGAGGCUAUCAAGGACUACAAGAAUGUAGCCGAAAUCAACCCUGGCGAGAAGGGUAUCCAAGAAGAUAUUCGCCAUGCCGAGUUUGAGUUCAAGAAGAGCCAGCGAAAGGACUAUUACAAGAUUCUCGGUGUUGAGAAGGAUGCUUCGGAGAAUGAAAUUAAAAAGGCAUACAAGAAAAUGGCUAUUUUGUACCAUCCUGACAAGAAUCCCGACUCGAGUGAUGAGAAGUUCAAGGAGCUUGGUGAGGCGUAUGAGACUUUGAUUGAUCCUCAGAAACGUGCCGCAUAUGAUAAUGGCGACGACCUCGUUGAUCCAUCCGAGAUGUUUGGACGCGGCGGUUCACCUUUCGGCGGUAUGGGUGGUGGUAUGGGCGGUAUGGGAGGAAUGGGAGGCAUGCACGGAGUCAACAUCGACCCCAAUAUUCUCUUCAACAUGAUGAAUGGCGGAGGAGGUGGUGGAUUUGCUCAUGCUGGCGGCAACCCAUUCGCUGGCGCUCAGGGUCGUGGUGGCGGAUUCCAAGGAUUUCAAUUCUAG